AACUGUCAAAUCAAAUUUUGAACGUUUCGCCCGUUUGUUUGCGAUGUUUUGUUUGAGCUUUGAUUCGUUUCCAAUUUAAUUUUAAUUACGAACUAUUCUGCAAUUAUGCUGAAAUAAUCUAGUGUCUUAAUCGUGUGUGUGUUAUUUCGGUUAAAAUGGAUGACACUCAAAGUAAUAGAACUUCAGAGGCGGCGGCAGCAACACGCAAGCGCAGGUCGUCGAUCCUCAAGAGUCAGCGGCCGCCGCGGACGCCAUUCUCGGAGCUGGAGUUCAACGUGGCGACGCCCACAGACACCGCCAAGAGCCGCCGAGUCAGCUUCUCCCGGCGGACUGGAGUCGCAGAAUUCGUAACAAACGAAGCGACGACGACGUGGAAGAAUUUGUACGAGGAGCAUAACAAAUCGCUCGAAUCGUCGGGCAACGAAUCUGGAGCCAACGUGCCGCGGUCCAUCGGCCACAUCGGCACUAGGAUAUUCGAUAAACAAUUCCAGGAAGAGGAGGCGGUUGACUUCGGUGCCACCAUUGACACGCACUCCGCACACAUAAGCGACUCCAUCAAUAAUGUCAACUUCUCACAGCACGCCUCAUUCUCGACAGACGACAGAAAACUGCCAGCGCCUAAUCAAAACUUCGAAAUGAGCGAAUUUACAGACCACCAAAGCAAACUUUUCGGCGAUGACCUAGCCAUGCCCACGAUGGGAGAGAUGUCUGGACGUAUCGACGUCAAUUUCUCAGCUGUUCAGACGAUUGGAAACGCUAAAGACGAUUUGGAUGAGAUUCAGAACGAUUUGAAGAGAGCCAGGAGUAUCGGCGUGUGUCCGUUAAUGGGCAGAAGAAGCCUUUCGGAAUACAUAGAAAUGGAUUUGGACGCGACUCACGUGACGAUCAAGCAAGACGAUGAUGAUAUGUCUAUCACGGAUACAAUACACAGUCCAAAAGUCCAACAUGUGUCUCAAAACCUCAGUUCGGCGCUUGAUAAGAAAGCCAGUAUCAGUAACGAUUGGGUCGCCGACAAAGAGAAUAUUGCCCUUAACCCUUACAUAACUCCAAAGGAAUCUAUCAAUUUUGCUGUAAAUGAGAAUUCAGAUAAAAUUCUAGUGUUCGAUGGUAAAAGGUUGACUAUACAGUCUGAUAAAGAGGCAGACAAAAUUCUUAAAGAAUGUACGAGUGAAACAGUUCCUAAAGAAGCUAAAACGCACCAGAGAAAGACGAUUGUGUUGAAUGUGAAUGAUGAUUUACCGAACUUUAAGUCUACUCAAGGCAUGAUGCGGAAUGAAUCAAGUCUGGCGCAUGAGAGGAGUAGAACUCUAGUAUAUGAUGACCUAGGAGAUAUAUCUGUCACCCAAGCUGUACCAGCGAACAUCAUGUUGAAUGAUGACAAAGUGGAACAUGACAGACGAAGGACUAUGGUCUACAAUGACAAUGAAGGCAAUAUUUCUAUAACCCAAGCUGUACCAGCAAAAAUAGUGUUUAACGAACAAAAAGCAGAGGGUCAAAGACGUCGGACUAUGCUUUACGACGAUAUCGAAGGCAAUAUUUCUAUAACCCAAGCUGUCCCAGCGAAAAUUGUAUUUAAUGAACAUACCAAGCUUGAGGAAAGAAGAAGAACAGUGGUAUAUGAUGACGUAGCAGGAAAUAUCUCUAUCACCCAAGGUAUACCAGCAAAUAUAAUGAUCAAUGAGAAAACAAGUGAAAAAAGAAGAACGAUCUACGACGAUAUUGCGGGCAAUAUUUCUAUUACGCAAGCGGUACCAGCGAAUAUAAUUUUAAACGAACAAAGAAUAAAAGACGAUAAAAGUAGGACGAUGGUAUACGCUGACAUCGCAGGCGAUAUUUCUUUCACGCAAGCUAUACCGCAGAAUAUUAUGUUUAGUGAAAACGUAAAAACGUAUGAUGAGAAGGAAAAAACUACGGUAUACGAUGAUCUUUCGGGCAAUAUUUCUAUUACCCAAGCGAUACCAUCGAGGAUAGUGUGUAACGAACAGUCCAAAGUAGAGGAUCAGAGACGAAAAAGUAUAGUAUACGAUGAACUAGCUGGGAAUAUAUCUUUCACUCAAGCUAUCCCGCCAAAUAUAAUGGUAAAUAAAAUCAAAGAAGAAAAGAGGAGGACCAUGGUCUAUGACGAUAUUGCAGGCAAUAUUUCCAUGACGCAGGCUUUACCAGCGAAUAUAAUAUUUAAUGAAAAAUGCAAAAUUGAAGAUGAGAAGAGUAGAACAAUUAACGAUGACGUAUUGAGCCAUAUUUCUUUCACUCAAGCUUUACCACCGAAUAUAAUUCCAAAUAAUGAAGGAAAAAUACAAAAUGAAAAGAAUCCAAGUAUAUUUGAUGACGUAGCAAGCAAUAUUUCUUUCACGCAAGCUAUAGCACCGAAUAUAAUAGCAAAUGAUGGAGGCCAAAUACAAAAUGAAAAGAGGCGCACUAUAGUUUUUGAUGAUAAAGCAGACGAUAUUUCGUUUACUCAAGUGAUACCACCGAAUAUUAUGGCAAAUGAUGGAGCAAAAAAACCCGAUGAAAAAAGGCGGACUAUAGUAUUUGAUGACGUAGCCAGCAAUAUUUCUUUCACUCAAGCUGUACCACCAAAUAUAAUUCCAAAUAAUGAAGGCAAAAUACAAAAUGAAAAGAGGCGGACUAUAGUUUUUGACGAUAUGGCAGGCAAUAUUUCGUUUACUCAAGUUAUACCACCGAAUAUUAUGGCAAAUGAUGGAGCAAAAAAACCAGAUGAAAAGAGGCGCACUAUUGUAUUUGAUGACGUAGCCAGCAAUAUUUCUUUCACUCAAGCUGUACCACCAAAUAUAAUUCCAAAUAAUGAAGGCACAACACAGAAUGAAAAGAGGCGAACUAUAGUUUUUGACGAUGACAAUAUUUCGUUUACUCAAGUGAUACCUCCAAAUAUAAUGGCAAAUAAAAGUAUAAAUCACGAAAAGAACGAAUCCAUGGUUCACAGUGACAAUGCAAAUAUUUCUAUUGCCCAUACAGUGCCCCCUAAACAGAAUCUAGACAAUAUAGCUGCAGAUAAAUUUAAUAUGUCAGUCACACAGUCAGUGCUAGUGAAUGUAUUGAUUGUCAAUAAUGCUGAAAAAAGGAAGUCUAUGAACGCUAAUACUGAGGCUUGCAAAAGCAAAGACAAUCGUGAAGAUGAUGAUGAACAUAAUUCUGUGCCAGUACCAGACCAGAGACAAGAAACUAUACCAGAGAGUAGUACUGCUAAUACUGCUUCUAAUAAUACAGUAGGAAAUAAGUCUAUUAACAGAACUCAGCUUGCAGAUGUAUUAACUUCUGAUAAACCUGUGCUAGAUCAAAUAAAUUCGAAGGACGGUUUCAUAAACAUUAUCAGAGAUUGUGAAGAUGAAAUGCAGGCAAGCAAUGAGCACAAGUCAAAUAAAACCCUAACACAUAGUGAUAAUGUCGAUAAUUUCAUAGAUGCGCUUAGGAAUGUAUCUAUUGUACAAGAUAUGCCUUCGAAUGUAAUGUUAAGCGAAAAGAACAAAGUGCAAGAUGAUAAAAGAAAAUCAGUUUAUGAUGUCGCUGCCAAAGUGAUUUCAAAGGAUUUUGUUGAAAAUAAGGCCAAUAUGUCAGUUAUAAAUACGUUAGGUAAUGUUUUAAUAGUAAAUAAUGCUAUGGAAAAACGUAAAUCAAUCACGUACGAUGCAAACAACGAAAACCUUGUUAGUGAUGAUAACCAGGGCAACACUGAAGAAGAAAGCACAGAUAAUGAAUCGAAAAACAUUUCUGAUGUCCAAUUUAUACCUGAGCAGAGACAAGAAGUGCUGCCAGAGAGAAGCAAGAGCGUCUUUAGUAAUGAUCCUAAAGAAGAAAGAGCUGUAACAAGAACACAACCAGCUGAUAUAAUAUCAGAAGCAGUAGAAGAAGACAACAAUACCACUUCGAGUGAUGGUCUGAUCUACAUCAUAAGAGACUGCGAGAGCGAGACGCAAACAAGCAAAACCGACGACCAAAAACCUAACAAAAGUAUUACAUGGAACGAUGAAGUGCCAAAAAUCCAACAUUCGCCUCUAUCGUUGGAAUACAAAGAAGACAUUGAUGCUCAAGUUUCCGCAGAUCUGCCUAAGAAGUUAGACGAGCUAAAAAGUCUAGUCGGCGUGAAAAAUCCACCCGCGAACAGAAUUUACGAAAAAGUAGUCAGUUCGGAUGUAGACGACAAAUUGCUCGACAAAUCGGAAAGCCAGGACAAGUUUGAAAUGUCGAAAGGCGGGAAAAGUUUCAAAGAUGCCAACGAUACAAAUGAAUUGCUCGAAAUGCUCUCGGAUCUCACUGAUAAAUCUAAUCGGCAAUCUCCUGAAAAACCAGUCGAAAAGGAGGUGAACGAACCACGUCGCCUGAGUGUCGCUCCUAAUAGACUUUCAAUUGUCAUAAGCAGAGAAGACUUGCUAAACAAAAUCUCUAUGGCUCAAGCGGCGUUGCAGCGGUCUAUUGAAAUCGACGAAAGCAUAGACACAUCAGACACGCCUGAGGAAGUCAGCCUACCCAAGAAGGCAGUGCGAGUGAGCAACGAAGUGGUCAAGAAACUGCAAUUCGAAGACGAAUCCGCGAGCGAAACGAGCAUCAAAUCCGAUAUAAAAGGCUCGCCGCUGAAAAAGACCGCGUUCGGAGAGACGUCGUACAUGAAGGAGAAUAAAUCCAAAGUUAUUCCCAGUUACUUGAAGGACGUCUCUGAUGAAAUUAAAGCACUUAUGCACGAUUUAGUCAAGCCUAAUGUGGAUUCAGUGGCUUUCCAAGCGCCGACGCCUGAGAGUCUGAAGAGAGAACCGUCCACUUGCAGCACUCAAAUACAAGCCAACCUUAUCACUUCCAGCCAGAUUGAUUUGGACACAGAACUGACUUCGGUAACUGAAUCCGGAUAUGAGCUGGCCAAAGCGUCAGCAUUCUCAAUGGAUAGCAGAAGCUAUAAGAGCCCUGCGAAAUUAUCCGAUGUAGAAAUGCCCCAAGAAAUAUCUUUCCGGCCGAAACGUGCCACUCCCAGUCCGCCGGUACAAGACAGAGUCAUCGUCUUCGACCAUUAUAACCCGCUGAAUAACAUACUAUUAGCUCCGAUUGACUAUUCACACGUACAUAGAUAUAAUCCGCACAAAUCGAACGAUACCAUCUGCGCUGACAGCCAGUCGGUGCACAGUCCGAAAGAGGUCGACAGUUUAGAAAAGAAGAACACGCAAUUCGUUGGAAACGUUACGGUGACGCAUUCGAUGCAGCCGUCUGGAGAUUCGGUUCCCGAUAAAUCCGACGCUCAAAGUCUUCUAUCUAACGCAAGCAAACCCGCGUCAGUUGACGAGUCUGUUUCGGUACGCGUGUGCGAGCUUAAAGACACUAAAGUGAACACGCUCAUCGCGAUGAAAGGAAAUAAGGAGUUGCUCGAAGCGAGCUCAUCUCUAACGCUCGUAGACGAUGCGCUAGCGCACAACGCUUUCGAUGUGGACCUAGACAUGGUCACAGCAGAGUCUUCGUCGACAAACAACGCUCAAGGGAAUUCCCCCGUUAAAGUCAUAUACCAUAACGACGAACCUGACGUGGUUCUAUCGGAAAAGGUCGAUUCUGACUUAACAUCGAACGACGAAAUGGUUGAGCCCGUCAAAAUGAGUACCAAAGCCAAGAAAAGAAACUACAGCCCCACCAAAAAAGAAAAGCACAAGUUUUCGGCGUUGUCCAGUUUGGACGUAACACCGAAACCGAUAACGAAGAUGCAGAAAAUGUCUAACAGUCCGAAAUAUGCGAGUCGCAAAGACGUGUCGCCCGAGAAAUUGACCGCUGAGAAGGACGAGAAUGUUCGCUCGAAGUCUGCGAUGGAUGUCGAUGAUUCUUCGGACAGUAAAAACGCGUCGCCCAAAGAGCAUAAGCGUUCACCGCGCAAAUCUAAAAGUCCUAAAUCCAAGAAGCCCGGAACGUCUGUGACUGUGCAGCAAUUGCUGACCAAAUACGAUAUCCACCCAGAAAUAGACCAGGAAGCGUUGAACAAGCAAAUAAUUCAGGCUCUAAGCAGGUCGGAUAGUUCGACUGCCCCUAACACCGUAUCGUUGACAGAUGUACAAAGCAAAAGUCCCGAUAUCGUGAGCUCUUUCACUAGCAGUAAGAACCAUAAUGAAAUGCGCGAAGCGAGCAGUGUGACCACGACGGAAUCGCAUACUCUCUCGAGUAGUAAGAGUCGAUCGGCUAAACUGGAGUGGCAGCCGGAAUCUGUUAACGAAAAGAACUCUAACGUCAUGUCGGAAUGCGACUCGAGUGUCAACGUGGUUGCUAAGAUCGAUAUGCUGCCGUUUAUGGGGAGCCACGAGUGCGAGUGGGAGGCGUCCGGCAUCGACACGUGGUCGUUCCGUUUGCUGCACGCGCGCCUGCGCCUCACCGCGCGCCUCGCGCACCGACACGACAACGCGACGAGAACGCGCGUGCGGGCCGACACGCCUGUGCGCGCGCUUUCGCUCGACACUGCGCACCAAGAUAAAAACAACACAGUGGCGACCCUAUGCGUCGGGUUCGCUUGCGAAGCGAUGCGCUACUUCACGAGUCGCGGCUGUCGCACCGCGGGCGACGUGCCCGCUCUGCUGAAGCGGUGCGCCGGCGUGGCGCGCGUGGCCCUACGGUGGGGCCGCGCGAUGCAUGAGGCUAGAUUACAUCUAGCUUAUACAUUAGACGGCGAUCGGCUGGCGCUAAAGGGGCUAGUGUUGCAAAAGGACCCUCAUUACAACGACAAUACGUCACUACUUCACGAGCCGCUCUACUGA